GUUCUUAAACAUUUAGUGUUUAAAUCAAUGCAACCCAUUUAGGCAACUUAGAUUUUAGAAAGAUGUAAAAUGGCUGCAUUAUUGUUUAAUGUAACAUAAUAUUUAGUUUAACAUCAAUUUUUAAUUUUAAUAACAACCUUAUUUUUGUGACUAAAGCGAAUCCACACACGAAUAACAGAAAAUGUGCUUCUCGUUUAGCUCUCUAUAUCAGUUUAUGGUAAACACGAAUUAUCUCACUAGCAAGUAGUGAUGGAGAAACGGAGCCUUUUGAACCGAGUCAAUUGAACCAAAUGCUUCGCAAAAUGAUUCACUGUUUCGAAGCGCUCGAAUCGCCGAUCGCUGAAGUCACAUGCUGGUCAAAACAGUAAAAAUGAACGAGAACAGCAAACAAGCGUGUGUAAUGACAACUGUAAUUACUAAAGUAGUUUAAUCUAUUAUAAUAUCAAAUACAAAAAACAAACAAGUGUACGUGCAAUUUUUAUUCUUUUAAUAAUAUUUAGUGCAAGUUUUAAGCUUAUUUUUUUUAUUCUAAUCAGUUCAUUUACCAUCAAGUCCAUUCACUUCCUUGCCAGUGAACUGACUACUGAAAUAGAGCUGAAUGAGAUGCACCCAGAGAUUUUCUUUCUGUUAAUUAUCAUCUUUAACAAGACGGUGUCCAAACACAGAAAAACUCCUGAAGCAACUGAGAUUCCUGUGACACACUAUUACAAAGAUGGCAUUUAUUAAAGAGGAGAGUGAAGAUAUGAAGAUUGAAGAAGCAUUCAGAGUGAAACAAGAAGAUACUGAGGAACAAACAGAGCUGAUGGCACUGAAAGAAGAAAGUCAAGAAUUGAAUGAAGAGGAAAAGAAAGAUCAGUAUGAGCAACAUCAUGAUUUCAUGACUGGAGAAAAAUCCACAAAACCUGAAAUCACUUCCUUACAAAAAAGAGAAGCUCAGAAAACCAUAUCUAACGAUUAUUUCAUCUGCCACCAAUGUGGAAAGAGAUUUACUCAAAAACAAAACCUUAAAGCCCACAUGAGAACUCACACAGGAGAGAAGCCUUUCACCUGCCAACAGUGUGGACUGAGUUUUGCACGUAAAGAAAACCUUAAUUCCCACAUGAGAAUUCACACCGGAGAGAGACCUUUCACCUGCCAACAGUGUGGACUGAGUUUUGCACGUAAAGGUAACCUAAAUUCCCACAUGAGAACUCACACUGGAGAGAAACCUUUCACCUGCAAACUGUGUGGGACGAGCUACUCACGAAAAGAAUGCCUUAAGACUCACAUGAGAGUUCACAUUGGAGAGAAGCCAUUCACAUGUGAUCAGUGUGGAAAGAGUUUCAGACGUAAGGUGAACCUUAAUCAGCACAUGAAGACUCACUUGAGAGUAAACAGUUUUACUUGUCAUCAGUGUGGAAUGAGUUUCACAGACAGCAAUCGCCUUAAGAAUCAUGUAAUAAGGCACAAUGGAGAGAAGCGUUUCAUGUGCCUUCAUUGUGGAAAGAGUUGCAUAACCAAAUCAAUCCUUGAGGUUCACAUGAGAGUUCACACUGGAGAGAAGCCUUUCACCUGCCCUCAAUGUGGAAAGAGUUUCAUACAUAAAGGAAACCUUAACAUUCACAUGAGGCUUCACACUGGAGAGAAACCUUACAUGUGUCUUCAUUGUGAGAAGAGUUUCACAUAUCAUAGAGACCUGAAACGUCAUUUGAAAAUUCAUUCUUGAAAGCAAAAUACAGCAGUUUCAGAAAUCACUUGCAUAUUCACUCUGGACGAUGAAUAAAAAUCAUAAAACUUACUGAUUUUGUCAUCACACCUGAAAUGUUAUGCAGAUGUGAGACCCUUGAAUUUACUACAUUUUUGAUGAUUUUCGAAUACCGUAACCGGUAUAACGUUUUUUAUCAAACAUUUCUGUUGUUGCAAAUAAUGAAGGGAUUUCAUUACUUUUACAAUAAUACCAACAUCAUGUAGUGUGAAAAUUUAAUUGUAAUAGACAUAUUGCACAAGCUUUCAGAAACAAUGAAUCUGUGGCUGAUCAUUUACAUCUGGCAUAGAAGUCACAACUUAACAUGGGCAUCAGUUAAACUGUAACACCAGCACAACUUUUAUCCCCGGAAGUUCGACUCAAAACCAGUGGUGUAGCCAGAGAGGUGACCAGGGUGGCAAUGGACACCCCUGACAUCUGAUUGUGCCACCCCAAUUUCAUUUGAGAGAAGAAUUUAUAUCAAAGUGCCACGGCAGUGUGGCACAUUGUUAAUGUAUAUUAGAGUUGGUGGUGAGGUACAGAAUUAGAAUAAAGAGGGUAACAAACUGUACAAGUGUACUGAUGUUAAAAAUCAUGCCGUGCCACUCAAAUAGUUUAGAAUUAUAUUUGUCUGAAAUCAUUGUUAAUGCACAUGACAUAAAGGUGCCAUAGAAUUGAAAAUUGAAUUGACCUUGGCAUAGUUGAAUAACAAGAGUUCAGUACAUGGAAAUGACAUAC